AUGCGGGCUAAAGUAUCAACUCAUUGGGGUUAUGACAUUUAUUGUGCUCAGAUAGAUCUAGAGUGGAUCUGUAAAAGUAGCUCUUAUUCUCGUACUACACAGGGAUUUCCUUCUGGGCUCGUGCGUUUUUUGCUUUGGAAAAUCUGGAUUACUAGGAAUGCAGCGGUGUUCCAGAAUCAAACCUUUAACUCUGAUUUAGUGUGGCAACAGGCAACUUGUAAGACUAAUGAAUAUAUAGUCACCAAUACUGCUCCCUCGAAACAUCCUUUAACGAUUCAGUAUUAUGGUUGGGAAUUUCCUUCCACGGGCUUUUGCAAACUUAAUAUUGAUGGCGCUUCUGAUGAAUUUCAUAAUGCAUGUACUAGCGGAGUCAUUCGAAAUGACGAUGGAUCCUUUGUUGCAGCCUUCUCCAAACAUAUUUACAAGAAUGGAAGUAACAUGGCAGAGCUUCGCGCACUAAAAUUUGGUUCGGGACUGGCUGCUUCUCUACAACUUCCUUCUCUUGAAGUAGCUACUGACUCUACUUAUGUCAUAGAACUAGUUGAUGGUUCUUGUGUUAUUCCCUGGUUUUUUUUCAACCUUCUUAAGGAUGUACAUAAACUGUAUAAAUGUUUUCAGGCAAUCUCCUUCCGGCACAAAUAUAGGGAAGGUAAUUUUGUUGCCGACAAACUUGCUAAACUUGCGGUCACUGUUGGUAUAGACCAAACUGGGAUUUCAGAUCCCCCUCCUUUUUUGGGCAAUCUCUUGUGUGCAGAUCUUGUGAGGAGAGCCUUUCCCGGUGCUGUAAGGCUCUGUUAG